GCUAACUGUGGAGCUAACCUGACAAGAAGAGGAGGACCAGGAAGUAAAACAGAGAGCGGAGGUCUGCACGUCCUGUAGCCACCCUCCAAUCACUCCUCCUCCCCUGCUUUUAGUUGUACUGUCUUCUGGAGAACUACCACAGUUUUAGCUGUAGCAUAGGAGUUAACAUUAGCAGCUAAAAGGAACAGAAGAAGGGGAGCAGUGGACGGACCUCCCCUUGUGUUUGUUUUAAGAAGAUCUGAAGAUGGCGACCAGCUCGGAGCGUAGUCCUCCUCCGUUUCCCGACUCCGAGGACCAAGAUGUGCUGGACUCCGAAGAAGUUGGAGGCCGAGACAGUUAUGAAGACGACGAGAACGAUCUCUUCAUGAGCGCAAGCAACCCUCCACUGACAGACAUGGACAGCCUACUGUCUCCUUCGAGUGAACCCAGCAAUGUUUUAAUGAAGCCUCCCGUUGACCUCAUGGAUGAUCCCUUAAUUGAGCCCGUCAGCUUCCAAACAGAAAACACACCAUCCAGUGAAGUCGUGAGCGAACCCUCGGAUGAUUUUGUCGACCUAACAAACAACAUCACCGACUCUCCGGAUGAAAAAGACACAGCUGAAAGUCCCGUUGCAGAUGCAGAAGGGGACACAUCUGAAAUCCCUUUAGAUGAGCCCACGGAGGAAUUUGAAGACAUAUUUGGAAGUGAAGCCGAAGCCCCGAAAGAGGAAGUAGUAGAAGCAGAUGUUACUGUUGAAGAAACAGCAACGGAUAAAGGUGGAGAUGCCAGUCGUGUUACAGUUCCACCUGUUGAUGAGAAAACAAGAAGUGAUGAGGAACAGGAAGCAAUAGCAACUUCCACCGAUCCAAUUAUCAACCUCAGUGAUGAUUUGCAAGCCGUUGAAACAGAACAGCCACUACCUGCCAGCUUAGCAUUCGUUGACCCUUUGGAUGACCUUCUAAGUGAUGAUUCGCCAGCCACGGACACACAACAGCCACCGCCUGCCAGCGUCACAUUUGCUGACCCUUUGGUUGAUGUCAUCAGCGAUGAUUCCCCAGCCGCUGAAACACAAGAACUACAGCGUCCAAAGGGAGUAUUCAUUGAAUCUUUGGUUGAAGGCAUCAGUGAUGAUUCCCCAGCUGCUGAAACUCAAGAACCACCGCGUGCCAGCGAAGCGUUCUUUGACCCUUUGGACGACCUUCUCAGUGAUGUUUCGCCAGCCGCUGAAAAACAACAGCCACUGCCUGCCAGCAACACAUUCGUUGACCCAUUGGAUGACCUCUUCAGUGAUAAUACCCCAGCCGCUGAAACACAUCAGCCACCGCCUGCCAGCAAAGCGUUCGUUGACCCUUUGGUUGACCUCCUUAGUGUUGCUGCACCUGCUGCUCAAGCCAAAAUAACCACACCGGCAACAGUCGAUCUGUUCGACGACGAAGGGAGCGACAUUUUCACAGAAGCCCGGCAGACCAAGCCUGCCAAGCAGCAGCAGCAGAGCCUUUUCGGCGGGGAACCCGACGAGGAUCUGUUCGAUGAGCCGCUAGGGGCCUCGUCAAAGAAAGCUGUGAGCACGGAGCCGAGGGACAAACCCGUCAAAGCCAAAGCUGCUUCUACUGAUGUUAGCAACAUGGGGGGGCCUCUGCAGGACAGUACUCCUGCAGAACCUGCUGAUAUCUUCAGUGAGGAAGCCGUCACCACCGUGCCCAUGGCCAAAAACACCAGCGCCGUCUCCUCCAAGAGCAAUGGAGUCCACUCGGAAGAGGAGACGGAUAUAUUUGCAGAAGCCACAGUGGAGCUUUCCCUCGACAGUCCGCGGGAAGAGAGAAAGAAAGAUGUGACAGUCGCACCGUCUGCGUCCGCCGCCCCCCUCCUGUCGGCUGCUGCCAGCCUGGUGAAGCCACAAGCUGCUGCCCUGGAGGAGGUACACACAAACACACACAUAAUAUCCCAGAAUGAAAAUCCUACAGAAGACAAAUUUGAGAUCUUUGUGUCCGUUAAAGAUCCGGAAAAAGUUGGGGAUGGAAUGAACGCCUACAUGGGCUACAAAGUAACCACACAGACCCAAAUGCCGAUGUUCCGCAACAAGACGUUCACAGUGAGGCGACGCUUCAGCGACUUCCUCGGCCUCUACGAGAAGCUCUCUGAAAAACAUGGACCAAAUGGAUUCAUCGUGCCCCCGCCUCCAGAGAAGAGCAUCCUGGGUAUGACAAAGGUGAAGGUGGGAAAGGAAGACUCUUCAUCAGCAGACUUUGUGGAGAGAAGAAGAGCAGCUCUGGAGAGGUAUCUCCAGAGGGUGGUAAAUCACCCGUCACUCCUCCAGGAUCCUGAUGUCAGAGAGUUCCUGGAGAGAGAUGAAUUGCCCAGAGCGACGAGCACUCAGGCUCUGAGCGGCGCCGGCUUCCUGAAAAUGAUCAACAAAGCAACAGAUGCUGUCAGUAAAAUGACCAUCAAGAUGAACGAGUCAGACGUGUGGUUUGAGGAGAAGCUGCAGGAGGUGGAGUCUUCAGAUCAGCACUUCAGGAAGCUCCACGCGCUGGUGGAGUCUCUGGUCGUCCACCGGAAAGAGCUGUCGUUAAACACAGCCGGCUUCGCUAAGAGCACGGCGAUGCUGGGCAGCGCAGAGGACAACACCGCCCUGUCCCGAGCUCUGUCCCAGCUGGCAGAGGUGGAGGACAAGAUGGAGCAGCUGCACCAGGAGCAGGCCGCCAACGACACCUUCUGCUUCGCAGAACUCAUCGCAGAUUACAUCCGCCUGCUUGGAGCCGUGAGGGGGUCGUUUGAUCACCGGAUGAAGGCGUGGCAGCGCUGGCAGGACGCUCAGACCGCUCUGCAGAAGAAGAGAGAGACAGAGGCCAAACUGCUGUGGGCGAACAAACCUGACAAGCUGCAGCUGGCCAAAGAGGAGAUUGCUGAGUGGGAGGCCAAGGUGACGCAGUAUGAGAGGGACUUUGAAAGAGUUUCUGCUACGGUGCGCAAGGAAGUGGUGCGCUUUGAGAAGGAAAAGGCCAGGAACUGUAAAAGAGAGAUCAUUAAUUACCUGGAGUGUCUGCUUCAGUCUCAGCAACAGCUCAUAAAGUACUGGGAGGCUUUCUUACCAGAAGCCAAAGCUAUCGCCUAACCGUCGCGCUCCAGCCUCUUGGGCGACAGUACAGGCUGCCUUCUUCUUAUACACUUUACCUCUUGCCUUUAAACCAAGGAAAAUGCGCGCAUUGUAAAGGGAGAUACAAUCAACCUGUUUUUUUUAAUCACCUUUAACAUAUAGCUCUGUACUCUAUUGUAUUAAUAAUUGUAUAUUUUCAUUUAACCUUCCACAAAUAUUUUCUUAUUAGAUGAAAAAGAGUUUGCAUAUACAAAGGUUAUGGUCACACGAGGAGGAGAAAGCAGAGGACUGAUUCCAUUCAUUUUUCCACAAGAGAAGGGAAACGACCGAGUCCGUUGUUCUCAGGAUUUUCUCCUCCAUGACCGGGAGUCACGUCAGCAGUGGUUUCUCGUUUACAGCGCGGCUGCUCUCUCAUCAGACAUCUCUGGGGACCCAGGUGAAGAAAGUGGCCGAGAGUUUCACUCUUGUUUCUUCUUUUAAACGACUCAAAGGGAUAAAAAAACAAAACGGUAAAAAAAAAAAAAGUCUGAGCACUUCCACCAGGUGGAUGAAGUAAUUAAAUACCAGCCAUGUUUUUGUUUGUUUUUCUUUAAGAUUUAAGAUACUAUCGAUGGUGCGGGGUGUUGAGAGGCAUUACAUUAUUACAGCUGGGUUGCAUCGUAGGUCAAGCUUGUGAGUUUUUAGAUCUUGUUUCAAUCAUAGUGCAAACCUUACUGGUAACACAUGUCUGUGCCUUUUUGAAGUCAGAGGGGCGUUCGGGGUAUUACAAAACAAAUGUGAGAAACCUGUUCUCAGUUGUAGAGAACAACCAUGAUGAUACAAAGUGUCAACGCUGGGUUUAACCAAACUAGUGUCCUCAUGUUAAAGCCCAUUUACUACAAAUUGUGUUUUUCUUGCUUAUAACUCUACAUGUUUUUCGUUUUGAAUGAGUUACUUUCCAGAGAGCCUUCAGUAGGGAACAGAACUUGCACAGACUUGAGAACAGGUAAUCUUCACAGUGAGAAAUAUGAAUGUUUCAUCAUUUUCCUGUGGUAAUGCAGAACUGUAAGUGCCAGUUUGACACUUUUGAAGGCAACACUGAUGACUAAGUUUAAGUAAUACAGUAAAUGCUGUGUUUCCACUGUAAGGAUUAGCCUUAAGAGCAAGUUUCAAGUCCCUGCAAGUUUCCUGCUUUAGUGACGUAAAGGCUGCCUGGAUGUGAGGGUUCUGAGUCCUUCGAUGACACGUGUUUGUCUGCAACUAACACUUACUUUCCUUAAUGCGUUUGUCUGAAAAUGAAAUGCUUAGUCUAUGAAAUGACUCAAAAAAUUGUAAAAUGGUUCCCAGAGCCUAAGGUGUCGUCUGAAAUGGUUUAAUUAUAAACAGUGUGGUUUGUUUUAAAGGUACCCUGUGGAGAUUGUGACAUUUUGUGGGUUUGGUAUUCCCAAUGUUGUUGUCUUGCUGAUGGGUUUUCUGCUAAUCGACAUCUUGUGGCAACAAUUUGCCAACGACGUCAAGGAAUAGGAUUGCUUUCUAGUGUAUGGAUGUAUAUUUCAUAUUAUAUCCCCCAUAAGAAGGGUCUCCAAACUCAUUCAACUCGUCUGUUAGACCGCUAAGAAGCACUUAGAAGAAACGGUUACAAACUGCGCACAAAAAUCCACAGGGUGCCUUUUUAAAUGUACCAUAAAUAAACAGAAAAAAGUGGAACCAGCGACGGUAGGGCAUUUUUGCAUGAUGCAUCGUUAGUAAUUGACAUCGUUGUUGGUUAAUUAUCUGUUCAUUGAUUCAGCACUAAAUAAAACGGUGUGAUUUCUAGUAAAUGGGCAACAACAUGCAAAAAAAGACUUGAUGCUGACUUGUAGAAACGAGAUUAAUGUCAAAUACUAAACGUACUGAUGUCAUAAUGAACCUAAUUCAUCCCUGAAGCCUCAUCCUUUGCAAGUUGAACAUCAAACGGUAACAAACCUUUGGUGCCAUCCUUUGAUUACAGCUUUAAUUUCACAUUUGCACACACACUUAAAUUGAAGCCGUGUCAUGUGUUGUCAUCUCUUAACUUGCAGACAUUUCUUUGCACAGUUUUCCGUUUGUGUUUUGACAGCAAGAUGCACGCUUGUUUUAAACUGUUGUUAGACAGCACUCGAUUCAAACUGGUUGUUAGUGCGACCUCAUACUGUAUGUCAUCACUUGUGCAGAGCAAUGGCGGCACCGUGUCAUAGAAGUUUCUUUUUAAACAAAUCAAUAAAAGUUGCACUGUUUACACUUGGAAAUUUCAUUAAGAA